AUGAUUCGAUUUAACAUCCCAUCCCGUAUACGGCACUGGCCGAAGCCGUCUCUACGUCACCUCAACACGAAGGCCCUUCCCAGAAAAGUCAAACUAUCACAUCAACCAAUACCCGUCAUCGAUGAUACCAAGGCAGAGCUCGACACUCAUUCAUUCGAGAGGCUAUCCCAAGCAUACCAGAUGCUAGGAAGCAAAAACAAAUUCUCGUGGUCAGCAUUGAAAUGUUACGAGUUCUACGAAAAGUCUCCAUCCACCUUUUUGCAGGAUCUCAUGCAGUAUCCCAGAAUCAACAAGGGUAUGAUCUCAUUCUUGUUCCACCAUUAUCACCACUCCAGCUCCAUACGAGUGCUUAUCCUCAAUGACAUCUGCACCUUACUAUUGGCUGGCAAGCUGCAUAUCGUGGUGGCCGUGCUCCAAGAAAUGCAAAAGCUGGACAUACUUUCUGCUCCAAUCGUGACCGACUUGGAUUUCAUCAUCUCUCAAAAAACCAAACUUGACGCCAUCAAGUUACAGAUCACUCUCAGCGACAUCUUGGUGAGGCUCUCCACAACAUCGGGUGAACCAAUGGUCAGCAGCUCAUACUUGUUGCAGUUCUCCCAGCAUGGAAUCACCAUCAGCGCCGAGACCGUUCGCCAAGUAAUUACCUCAUUAAUGAUAGAUAAGGACGUCUACCACUCAUACAAUGUCUACACCAUCUUGAAACUAUUGGACGAAUAUGGGACCACCAUAAUCGACUCCUCUCUAGCCCCAAAAUUACUUGAGUACUUCAUAGAAAAUCCCAAAUCCAUCUUCUUUGCCAACGAGCUUCUUGGGAGAUUGGAACGUUCUGCGGUUUUGGAAAAAGAGUCACAGGAAGCACAGAAAAUGCUCUUGAACUACAUCUUGGUGAAUCUCGAAUGUGGACUUUCUGAAACAGCUUUAUCCAUUUGGUUUGACCACAUUAUAGUCACCGAAGUUUGUCUUCCUGCUCUCCGGGUAUUUUUCGAGAAGUUGACAGAUAGCGAAACCAUGCUCAGGGUGAUUAACUCCAUACCAUUGCAUUUAAGAGAAGCUAACCAGGAUAUACUACAAAUAUUGGUUGAGUUUUAUGGAACCAGGCCUGGCUUCCAAUCUGAAUUCAACAAGUUGAUUCCAAAGCUUGCCACCCCCUUACCCAGGCUGGUAUAUUCGUCUUUAUUCAAGGCAUUCAUGCAUCAGAAUAAUGAAGGAGCAGCAGAACGAAUUCUUGGCAUUAUUUUCAAGUCAAAGAACGGGUUGUCUCACCACGAGUUUUACUACAUUAUAGAUAAAUUAUUGCAGCAAGAAGAUAAUAUGGACCAAUGUCUUACCAUGGUCAGAAAUACUGAUAUAAGUGUUUCCAAACUGGCAUACACUCGAAUCUUCAACGAGAUACUCAGAACAGAUAAUAUUGAAGAUUAUGGACCAUUUUUCAAUGAGUUAUACAUCAAGUUUUUGAAGCUUUCGGCAGACGAUGUUGCAUUAGAGUCCCUCACUGUAUCAAUAGUUGACUACUUGACCACGUUUAUUAGUACCCGUGCUGGAAAAAAGAUGUAUCUUCGAAUCAAUUCCCUAGAUGGGAAGUCAAAUGCAUUUCAGUCAGACAAGUACAGCAAGAUGUUCAAUUUCGAGAAGUAUGGAAUUCCAAACAAAUUUAAACGGUUCAUGGUUCUUUCUACUGGGGGCCGAAGAAAGUGCUUGGACAUUAUUGCCAGGCAGUCGAUCAAGGAGUCGGAUAUUGAUACUAUCAAGUGGAGUAUUGAGGAGAUGAGAUUUUUGGGAGCCUCUGUGCAAGAAAUCAGCAAGAUGAUCUCCAAAGAAGUCAACGAACAGUAG